GUGUGGGCGGAUGAGGAAGUUCAGAGCACGGAUUGAUGGUCACACACCUACUGUACGGGCACAGCAGCAGCAGCAGCGCCGGGAUCUCCGUCCACCCGUUUCUGUGUUAGAGGGGAUCCGCGCCUGGGAAAAUGACAAUCAAGUUUGGGCUCAUCCUCUUCAUACUUGUCGCUCAGGGUGCUCGUUGUGAUCUACUGGAAUAUGGCGACGACGAUGAAGAUCCUAACGAUACCACUGUCACUCAAAUGCUGGUGCCCAGGUCGCACCAGGAGGAUGCCACACUUAUUCUCAACAAUUUGCUCAAGGAUUAUGACAAGACGCUGCGGCCGGAUAUUGGAGUGAAACCGACCAACAUCGAUGUGGGGAUAUACGUCAACAGCAUCGGGCCUGUGUCGUCCAUCGAUAUGGAGUACCAGAUCGAUAUUAUCUUCGCCCAGACCUGGGUGGACACCCGGCUGCGCUUCAACAGCAGCAGCACUCGGCUCACUCUCAACAGCAAUAUGGUGGGUUUAAUCUGGCUGCCCGACACCAUCUUUAGAAAUUCCAAGAACGCCGACUCGCACUGGAUCACGACGCCCAAUCAGCUGCUCCGGAUCUGGAACAAUGGGAAAGUGCUCUACACACUGAGGAUGACCAUCAACGCAGAAUGCCAGCUGCAGCUCCAUAAUUUCCCGAUGGACGAACACUCCUGUCCUCUCGUCUUCUCCAGCUACGGCUACCCACGAGACGAGAUUAUUUACAAGUGGAGUCGCAACUCGGUGGAAACUUCGGACCAGAAAUACUGGAGGCUCUACCAGUUUGAUUUCAUGGGGCUCAGAAACGGCACGGAUGUUCUCACAACAACAGCAGGCGACUACGUGGUGCUGACGGUGUACUUCGACCUCAGCAGGAGGAUGGGAUACUUCACCAUCCAGACCUACAUCCCCUGCAUCCUGACCGUGGUUCUGUCCUGGGUCUCCUUCUGGAUCAAGAGCGACGCCACGCCCGCUCGCACCGCUCUAGGUAUCACCACGGUGCUGACCAUGACCACGCUGAGCACAGUGGCCAGGAACUCGCUGCCCAGAGUGUCCUACGUGACGGCCAUGGACCUGUUCGUCACCGUCUGCUUCCUGUUCGUCUUCGCCGCCAUGAUCGAGUACGCCAUGCUCAACUACUGCGCCUACAGUCUACGCAGACCUCCUGCCAAGACACAGAGAAUGGUCUACUCAUCUUUCAACAUGGGUCACGCGCCUCGCUCCAUGAUGCCCAUGGGCAACUCUCUGUUCUGGCAGGAGUACGAUGACAACUGCCUGUACGAGUGCCUCGACGGGAAGGACUGCAAGAGCUUCUUCUGCUGCUACGAGGAGUGUAAAGAAGGCGGCUGGAGGAAAGGACGAAUCCACGUCAACAUCGGGGAGCUGGACGCCUACUCUCGGGUUUUCUUCCCCACCUCCUUCCUGCUCUUCAACAUAGUCUACUGGGUCAGCUACCUCUACCUCUAGUGGGUCUCGGGCUGCGACACGUUUUGGGCUCAAACCGCCACGGUCCACUUUGCACCGCGGCCCGAGAUUUAAGGUCAAAACUAAGCGAGGAAAUGGAGGAAAAAACGGUGGAUUACGAAAGACAAGCCGCGAGAUAUACACGUGUGCUGUGGAGGCCAUGAUACUUUGAGCGAUGGCACUCCGAGGAGAUAUAAACGCUCGACUGCAGAUCAGCAAGCCGUCAGCAUUAACUUGAAUGGUCCCGUUUAUGGCUCUCUCAGAAACCAGACGACAGACAGCUGUGGCUUCAGAGACGCGCGGGGACGGGGUGCGUUGCUCCGUCUCGGUCAUCGAGAUGGCGAAGCACCCAUAGUGCCUUCUUUAGAAAGGGUGCGGCACCCAGAGACCCUGCUUCAAAGCUCAUUAUCUUUAGGCAGCGGAGGUUGAAGGGAUGGCUUUGGCAUUACAAAAGAAACCCCUUUGCUACAGGUGGCAGAAAUCAAUCUCAAUAAAUAACACUUGCUGUAAAUUGGCUUCUCGGCGUCCUCAUCUUGAGCACUGGAGGAAAUGGAUGGCAUUUCUAUGAUAAAACAAAAAGGGAAAUGGGACGUAUUAGAGGGUAUUUCACCAAAUACACUCAAUCAAUUAAACUAAUACUGGUAGAUGAACAGCAGUAGGUUGGGCUAAAAUGUCAUGAAGUGUUGCAAAGUGACGUUUUGUUCCUCUCUCGCCUUAGCCACCCUUCAAUCGUCGCUGUUUGAACCCCUAUAACCUCACACACCACCCGCCGCAUGCUGAGCUGUCUAUUCUUUGAUGAACCUGGAACACCACUGGAGAUGUUUAAAACUAACACUCACUUUUAGUUAACCCUUAGAAUUAGUUUCUUAGAAUAGCAAACUUUUUCUUCUUCUUAUAAUUAUCAUUAUAAUUCAAAUGAGUUGUAUUUUCCACACCUAGCUCAGCCAUCACCUGUUCAUCGUUGAAUAUGAGUUGGUGGUUGUCUGGUGAGCUUGUGUUCAUGAUGCUUUAUGAGACAGCCAUGCAGUUUACAGUAGAUGCCAAGAAGAUUUGUGUGUUUUAUAAGAAAUGCUGGGUUACAUUCUUACACAAUGUAGAAGUAAAUACAUACCAAUCUAAUACUUAACAUGCUAAUCUCAUACACAGGCAUGAAAUGUAUGUUACAGUAUAUGAAUAAACAGAUUAUGGUUAGAGCAGUGCCGGUUUCCUUCAGACAACAGAUAUAGGACAACACUUUUCCUUAUUUGCAUACACAAUGAUGUGGUAUUAUUAUCAGCGAGGCCUCUGGAUAACCUUAGUUCAAAGGGAAAAUUCAAAAAAAAAAUUAUCAUAAAUUCUCAAUUAGUAGCCAGAACCUUUUUGCCUCGGGGGCAGAAGCUUUUAUUUAGGGGUUAACACCUCCAUAAGAGACUUGAAAGUGAAGUGAAGUUUCCCCGUGAAUUGACCCAAAUGCUACACGUUCUUUAUAAAGUCCAUUCCCACAGUCACUUUGGCCUGUUCCCAAAUUAAGCUCAACUCCACAUAAAUUAUUUUGACAUUGAAAUUGUUGCAGCCGUGUUGGUUUAUGGGUAAAAGCCACCCAGCAGGACCUCUAAAGUUUGACACAGUUACUUCUGCUGGUUGAAUGAAACCAAAUGAAACUGUCCCACUUUGGACUUCACAUUAAACCAAGAGAUAUGUUACUCAGUGAGCUUUACAAGGCACACUGUUACCCACGAACAGCUGUAUCUGGCUUCAUAUUCUGCUUUAAGUGAACUUAGUACAUAACAAAUGUAGAACUUUUCCAAUAGGCCAUAUAAAUCCUAAAGCACAUACAAACUGUACAUGACGUAUUGGUGUUUCAUUACAGUUUCAGACGUAGAGCUUGAGUGCCUAACGUUUGGAGUAUUCCUGAGAGCUUCAUGGAUCACAGGUGCUGUAAAAUGACUUCUAUAUAUGGUGAUACUUCAUGCUGUACACACAGUGGCAAAUGGACGUCCCACACCCCCUCCUCUAACAUGCAAAACGGAUGCUACACUUGGAGGUACGCGAACACCACAGGGACGGUAAACGGCUCUUGAAGCGUUCUGGUUUUGUUUACUGUUCUUUGGUGUUUUUUGCAGUCGUUUGGCUUUGUAGAACAAUGAAACCCCACUUUUCCCUUCCCCCCCAACACACACACACACACACUUUUCCCCCGGUAUUUAUAUGUUGAGAGAAAAGCUUUUAUGUAAGAUGUAUCUAAUUAAUGUUUCUAUUUUCAUACAGUUAUAUAUGGAAUGUAAGUUAGGCCAGUAGCGAGGCCGGAGUCAAUCUGGUUCCAGUUCAGUCAGUUCAAGCAGCCUGAAUGAGCUCAUAUUUAGGGGUCCUAUAUAUUCAUGAGGCCGGCAGACAUAUGUGUGGCCUGUCUAAAAGUUUGUUAGAACAAUAGCGUGCUGCAGGGAUGACAUACUUGGAAAAUUAACAACAAUGGCAUUGCUCCAGAUUUAUUCAGAAAAUAAGCUCUGCGGUAAACAAAUACUCAUUCCUGUGUUUUAGGAAUACUCUAUAGAUUAGCUCAUAACAGACAGUGUAGUUGCAUUAGUAAUUGAUAUCUAUGUAUCUUAUGAACUGGCUGAAUUGAACACAGCUUGGCCCACACCACAGUAAAGUGUCCUCACCUCUGAUAUUUCUACUACACUUUAUAAGUGUCUUAGUCCGUUGAGAUACUUCAAUAAAACAAAAUCACUAUUUUCUACGUCUUAAUGAAAAUCACCUGUGUGUUUCAGCUGUAUUUAUAAAGCCUCUUUACAAUCAGAGUACUAACCCAUGAUCAGAGCAUCAUUUACUCGCUGAAAGCCUCUUCCGGAGACCUCCCCACCCCCAUUAAAGCGUGCCGGCUCCUGUAUAAAGCAGAGCGUCGGCCACACAUCAUGCAUCUGUUACAUCACCCCCGCUUCAUCCUGCCCACCAAUUUAGUUUUGAUUGUCAGCGAGGUCUCUGGGGACACGGCUGUAUGAAAGGGACGCCACUCUGACUCUGGAUCAGCACUCCUUCGGGGGUAAUAUUUUAUGAAAACAGGAUCUAGAGUGAAAAUAGGUAUCUUUUUUCUAGUG